GACGACUGCACGCUAAUUGAUACGAACACCUGCCAGCACCGUUCGUGCUGCUGCCGUAUGCGUCUUCUAAUCCAAACGGCAACAGCAACGGGUGGUGCUGUCGCUGCCUCGUCCCAAUACAAUUACACCAAUAUGCGUGAGGACGACAUCGAGCUGGCCAUUAAAGUGGUCAUUGUGGGAAAUGGCGGCGUUGGGAAAUCGUCUAUGAUUCAGCGCUAUUGUAAAGGCAUAUUUACGAAGGACUACAAGAAAACUAUAGGCGUUGACUUCCUGGAGCGCCAAAUAGAAAUAGAUGGCGAGGAUGUGCGCAUCAUGUUGUGGGACACAGCCGGUCAGGAGGAAUUCGACUGUAUUACCAAGGCGUACUACCGUGGGGCACAGGCCUCAGUUCUUGUAUUCUCUACCACAGAUCGGGCGUCCUUCGAGGCGGUCAAGGACUGGAAGCGUAAAGUCGAGAACGAAUGCAAUGAAAUACCUACGGUUAUAGUGCAGAACAAGAUCGAUUUGAUCGAACAGGCGGUCGUGAGUGCCGACGAGGUUGAGACCCUGGCGCGACAGCUAAACUGUCGUCUGAUACGGACCUCUGUAAAGGAGGACAUCAAUGUGGCAUCUGUCUUUCGGUAUCUGGCCACCAAAUGCCAACAGCUUAUGACGCAGAGCUACGAACAGGCAACGCAGGCGCACAACCAACAACAUAACUCCCAUCAUGCGCCGUUCAGCACGCCCACAAUUAGUGCCUUUAGUCCCACGUUCACAAAGUCCAGUAGUGGGACUAUAGUCCUGAGACCUGCCAAGAAGGGUUCCAAUGUGGCGCGAAAGCGCAAGAUAGUGCUCAAAAAGUGCGGCAUAUUGUGAGCAGAUGGUGGAAGAAAUAUCUGGACCGACUGUUCCCAUAAAACUCGUACUGUGGCUUCCAACAAUCGCGUUGCUCUGUGUGGUAAUUAGUAAGUGGGGCAUA